AUGGAAUCUUUAACGUCAGAUACAAGUUUAAUUGUUAUUGGAAAUCCAGAAACUUCUAUGUCUAUUGAAACAAAAAUAAUAGAUUCAAAUAAAAGUAAAAAGAAUUCCUCAAGAUAUUCAACAAGAUGUUUAUCAUCAUCAAAAAAAACAAAUUGUACUGUAAUACAAGUUGUUAUUUUAGGAAAAACAAUAUUUCAUGAACGUAUUUCUGAAACAUUAGAUUAUGGAAAUAAUGAUAUUGUAUUUAAAUUGGACGGUCAUGAUGAAAAAUAUCAUAGAAAAUUGGUAGAUACUACAAAUAUUGAAAAUAUAGAAAGCAGAGAAAAAAGUUAUGUUCGUGGAAAAACAGAAAAAGAAUUAAUUGGAAAUACUUUUGAACAUUAUGAAGAACUAAUAAAUAUUACGAAAAAUUUCGUUUUACCAAAAGAAUUUGAUGCUCGUCUUAAAUGGCCUUACUGUGCUUCUAUUCAUAGAGUUGCUAACCAAGGGGGUUGUGGAAGUUGUUAUGCAAGUUCUUCAGCAGCAGUAAUUUCUGAUCGAAUAUGUAUUAAAACAAAUGGUACAUUUCAACCAGAAAUAUCAGUUCAAGAUCUUAUUUCCUGUUGUCAUGAUUGUGGUGGGUGUAAUGGUGCAGCAUUUGCUUUUUCACCUAUUAAUCAUUGGAUUGAAAAUGGAAUUGUAACAGGAGGGUCAUAUGGUUCUUAUGAGGGUUGUAAACCAUAUUCUAUUUCACCAAGUUGUGGAAGUCCUUGUAUAUUAGAUAAAGAAAAACUUAACCAAAAAAUGGCAUGUGUAAAAAAAUGUCAAAAAUUGUAUGAUAAAAAAUAUGAUGAUGAUAUUAUUAAAGGAUCUCAAGGUUAUUGGUUACGUACAGGAGAACAACAAGAAAUAACAUUUCCAAAAUUAAGAGAAUUAAAAAUAAAAAUUGAAAAAUCUAUUGGAUAUAUAGAAUUACUUAAACUUGAAUUAUAUACUUAUGGUCCACUUCUUGCAUGUUUAAAUGUAUAUGAUGAAUUUCAACAUUACUCCUCGGGUAUUUAUCAUGAGCAAACAGUUCCUACAAGUGAAUCCUUAUAUGGACAUUGUGUAAAAUUAUUGGGAUGGGGUUAUGAAGAUAAGAAAGGUUUCUGGAUUUAUGCUAAUACUUGGAGUAGAGAGUGGGGUAUAAGUGGUUUCUUUAAAAUGAAUAUUGAACAAUUACCAGAAGAAGUUAUUGGUGCAAUAUAUUAA